AAGUGUUGGUCGGAGGACGGAGCGAGUCCGUGCGUCCUCAUCGAAACCCCCCACAAAGAGCUGGAGCCUUCAGAUCCAUCCAGCUUCAAGCAGUACAGAUUCAAGAACCUCUUCAUCAAGGCCUCCCCCAUCCCUCGACUCAGCUGGGCCAGUUCGGACGACGUGUGGAUCAAGAUGCUCAACAAGGAGCUGAAGUACGUUCACGACAAGAGUUACCUGCAGCGGCACCCCAAACUGCAGCCCAAGAUGAGGGCGAUUCUGUUGGACUGGCUGCUGGAGGUGAGCGAGGUGUACAGCCUCCACCGGCAGACGGCCUACCUCGCUCAGGACUACUUCGACCGCUUCAUGCUGACCGAGGACAACGUGAGCAAAGAAUGCCUGCAGCUCCUGGGGAUCACGGCGCUCUUCAUCGCCUCGAAGAUAGAGGAAAUCUACCCUCCCAAACUGUUCGAGUUCGCCUACGUCACCGACGGAGCCUGCGAUAUCUGGGACAUCCAGAGCACAGAGCUUCACAUGCUGAAGGCGUUGGACUGGAAUCUGUGUCCGGAGACGCCGAUCUCCUGGUUGAAGCUGUACGCGCAGGUCGAAGCUCAGACGGGCGACGAGAACUUCCUGGUGCCGCAGUUCUCGCCGCAAACGUACAUCCAGAUCACGCAGCUGUUGGACCUGUGUAUGAUGGACUCCUGCUCUCUGGACUACAGCUACAGCGUUCUCGCUGCGGCCGCCUUCUGUCACUUCUCCACGUUCGACGUCGUUCACAAAGUCUCAGGUCUAACGUGGGACAGCGUGGCUCCUUGCGUUCGGUGGAUGACUCCCUUCAUGGACACGCUGCAGUCUGAAGCCGCGCCGCAACUCAAGAACUUCCCCAAAGUGAAAUCUGACGACAGACACAACAUCCAGACGCACGUCGGUUAUCUGGACCUGCUGAGAAAAGCUCAGAAGCGUCAGAUGGACAAACCCAACUGUCAGCUGUCGCCCGUCACCGCGGGUUCGAUCCUGACUCCGCCCAGCAGCACAGAGAAACCAGCCAAUCCCUGAGCGAGCACACGACCAGCAAGGACCGCUACCUCUCUCUCCACAGUUUAACCUGAAGUGAUUGCCGACCCCUCGCAGAGCAGCACGCCAUUUUAGGGAAAACAUAGUAUUUUUUUUAAACACUAAGUCUUUUUUAUUUGGUUUUCUAAAACUGCGACUGGAGAUUCAGGAGCUGCAGUUCUUCGGCACAUAACCAAACUUUUUUUAAUAAUUACAAGUUAAUUAGUUUGAAUUGAGCCAGCAGGUACGAGACGUCUUACCUGCAGUAGCGACUGAUGGGAUGUGGGGACGCAAACUUUUUAUUUUAUUUUUUAUUUUAAAGAAAUAAACAGUUUUUUGUUUUGAGAGGAAACUGAACAUUUUGUACCUGUGAGGUUUUACUGGUGCUUCAGUCGGAUUCUCAGGAACAUGGAAGUGAGUUUCUCAUUUCAACCUUUAAAUAUUUAAUUCUACUCUAAACUGGGGUAAUUAAAGUGUUUUAAUUGUCACCCUCGUCUAUCCCAUUAAAUAGUGUAUGAACUCAUUAUCUUUGAGCCGGAGGAACAGUCAGACACCUGAUUGACUCUGUAACGUCCUGAAACCUGGAGGUGUCUUUGAAUGCACCUGAUGUGUUUGUGGCUCAAUAAUCCCCCUUUUUCUUUAUUGUAGUUGCAACCUGGUUGCACGUUCUUGUUACAUUCCUGGAAAACUUGACUUUCAUAGGAAAACUGCCUACAAUGGUGCAAAGUUUUCAUUUUUCAGUGCUUGUAUUUAUUGAUUCAAAACAGUCUGUUCAUAUGUUAAAAAAAAAUUCAGUAAUGAAUGAGCUCAGUUUGAUCACUGCCAAAGGCAAAAGCUAUUUAUGAUUUAGCUCUGUCACCUGUUGUACUAGCCUGUCCUUUCUUAGUGCCUUUUGAAAUGAAAAUGAACUGUACGGCUACUUUAAGGCAGAAGGAGCCGUCGAGAGAUCGAACAAAAACCUGUGACUGUACAGCGUGAGGAGCUCCGCAGCCUGACGGAGGCUCUGCAGUGAACAACCAUGUAAACUGUAUGUAGAUGUUAAAGAAUGUAUGUUUUUGUAUAUAGAACAAUUCAGAAGUGUGUAAUUUUCUUUUUAUAUUGCAAUGUUUUAAAUAAAAUGAAGUGAAAUGA